AUGUCUACACCCACCUCGUUCACCUUCAACAUCGCGUAUUCGGUGCCCAUCAACAAAGACCCGUCGCAACCAACGCUCACCCUGGAAGAAUUCUGGCGCGGCCUCCACCGCGGCAGCGAAAAGCCUCAGCUGUUCGCCGAAUACGUCGCGGACACCGAGGUCCUGCCGAACUCCAAGUCCGCGAACGAGUUCCAGCGGAAACUCAUCAUGGCAAACGGCGCGGUGCAUACGGCCAAGGGGGUGGAGCUGCUGCAGGAUGUGCGGAAUGCGGAUGGACUCCUGGACGAUGGACCAGAUGCUCUGUAUCUGACUGCUGUUUACGAACUCCACGUUCCUGAUGUGGAGCCGGGCAGUGAGAGGGCGAAGGAAAUCGAGAGAGAGUACGCGCAGCUGGCGCUAGGCGCGGCACGCACCGUUGUUGAGACCAUCCGGAGGUGGAAGGUCGAGGGAGGACUCGAGGACGCAUAG